AUGUACUUCGACGGCGCCCUCAACCUCGAUGGUGUCGGGGCAGGCAUCCUCUUCAUCUCCCCGAGAGGUGAGCAACUAAAAUAUGUCUUGCAGCUACGCUUCAAGGCCACCAACAAUGCGGCCGAGUACGAGGCCCUCAUCCAUGGUCUCAGGAUCGCGGCCUCACUCGACAUCAAGAGGCUACUUGCGUAUGGCGACUCCAAAGUCGUCAUCCAGCAAGUCAACAAGGAUUGGGACUGCACCCAGGAGAAGAUGGACGCCUACUGCAAGGAGAUCCUCAAGCUCGAGGCCCACUUCUAUGGCCUGGAAUUUCAUCACGUCCUCCGAGACUACAACGUGGCAGCUGAUGUACUCUCCAAGCUGGGCUCCAAGCGGGCACUCGUCCCGGCCGGCAUCUUCGUGCUGGCUCUCAACUCCCACACUAUCAAGAUCGAGAAGGAACCUCCUACCAAGCCCGACCUGGCGCCAGCCCAGGGCCAGGAGGCACUGGUCGCCGAUCCAGAUUGGCGAGCCCCGAUACUCGACUUCAUCAUCAACAAUAAGUCCUACCCGAAGGACAAGGAGCACGAGCGACUCGCCCGCCGAGCCGUAAGCUACGUUGUCAUCGGAACCGAGUUGUUCAGGCACUCGGCCUCUUCAGGAACCCUCUCCAAGUGCAUCUCCCAGUCAGAUGGAGUCCGACUCCUCAGCGAGAUCCACUCGGGAAUUUGCAAAAACCACACAGGAGCUUCCACCCUGGUGGGCAAAGCUUUCAGAUCAGGCUUCUAUUGGCCGACGCUCAAGCCAUCGUCAGACGAUGCCCAGGAUUUCACCAAGUGGAUCGAGGUGAAUCCGGUCUCCGCCAUGACAGCAGCCAAGGCAGCCGAGUUCAUCCAGGAGAUAACGCACAGGUGCAACGGCCAGGUGGAACGCACUAAUGGCUUGAUCCUUCAGGGGCUCAAAGCCAGGAUUUUUGACCCGAUCGAAAAAUAUGGCUCCAAGUGGAUCCAGAAACUACCCAGAGUAGUAUGGGGCCUGCGCACGCAGAGAAGCCGAGCCACCGGUUACUCCCCCUUCUUCAUGGUCUACGGUUCUGAGGCUAUCCUCCCGACGGAUAUUGCCUUCGGUGCUCCGCACACCCAGAACUACGACGAAGGCGAGGCCGAAACAACUCGGCAAAUAGACCUCGAGUUGGCCGAGGAGCACCGUCUGAUAGCAGCCCUCCAGCAUGCUCGGUACGAGCAACAGUUAUUCCAUUAUCAUGACAAAAAUGUCUAG